GAAUAUUACAGGCUAAACGAUGAGGCUACAGAGUCCAAGGUUAGGAAGCCAGUAAGCAGAGCCAAACAACCAGAUGCUAUCAUUAGCGAAAUCGAUCAACUGUCUUGGAGUUCAAGUAAAGGAUACAGUGAAGCAAAAAUUCAACAAGAAGUUAAUAACCUUUACCUCCUUUGCACCGAUCUCAUUCGUGUAGCUGUGUUUAACAAAGAUGCGAUUGACUUCUAUAAUAUGAAUUAUGUGCUUGGAUUUCAAGUUGUUGAGCACCAUAUCACAUUUUAUCUUACAACUCUUUUGUGUGAUGCAUUAUAUGUUAUAGUGGAAGUUAGUUACAUUGACGUGCCUAUGUCACUUGAACAGGUUCCUGCUUUUCUCACUAGCCUUGAUACACUUCUCAUCAUAUCCAAUGCGUUUUGGUCCAAUUGUAUUGUAUCUACUGAAAAACAAGAACAAAACAAACGUAAUACUCUUGCAACACCAAGCUUUAAGGAAAUGGUUUCAGAGAGCAGGAAUCGUCAUCGAUCUUGUCAAUUACGGUUUUAG